CGGAGGCGGCGACGGGUCGCUGGACCGGCUCCUCCCCGCGGUCAGCACCGGCCUCUCCCCCAGGAAGAGGACCACCAGCCAGUGCAAGUCGGAGCCCCCUCUGCUGCGCACCUCCAAGCGCACCAUCUACACGGCGGGCCGGCCGCCCUGGUACAACGAGCACGGAGCGCAGUCCAAGGAGGCCUUCGUCAUCGGGCUGUGCGGCGGCAGCGCUUCGGGGAAGACGACGGUAGCGAGGAAGAUCAUCGAGGCGCUGGACGUGCCGUGGGUCGUGUUGCUCUCCAUGGACUCGUUCUACAAGGUCCUGACCCCGGAUCAGCAGACGCUGGCCGCCAGCAACGACUACAACUUCGACCACCCCGACGCCUUCGACUUCGACCUGCUGACGCACACCGUGCGCAAACUCAAGCAGGGCAAGAGCGUGAAGAUCCCCGUGUACGACUUCACCACCCACGGCCGCCAGAAGGAGUGGAAAACCGUGUACGGAGCCAGCGUCAUCAUCUUCGAGGGAAUCAUGGCCUUUGCAGACAAGAAGCUCCUGCAGCUGCUGGACAUGAAGAUCUUCGUGGACACGGACUCCGACAUCCGGCUGGUGCGUCGGCUGAGGCGUGACAUCACGGACCGGGGGCGGGACAUCGAGGGCGUCAUCAAGCAGUACAACAAGUUUGUGAAGCCGGCCUUCGAGCAGUACAUCGAGCCCACCAUGCGCCUGGCCGACAUCGUGGUGCCACGGGGUGGAUGCAACAUGGUGGCCAUUGAUCUGAUCGUGCAGCACGUGCACAGUCAGCUGGAGGAGCGCGAGCUCAGCGUCAGGUAGAGUGGCCUUUAUGCUGUCUGUCGUUCUCUCCUCUCGCAAUCUGUCCAGCAACCUCCCUUCCACCCCCCCCCACUUCCGCCCCGCACACCCCUUGCUGCUGCAGCUUCUUACA